GUGGGUGGCGUUAUCAUCUUCUCUCAAUCUCGCGUGUAAUUUCCGAACAUUGGAAAGAAACUCACUCACAAACCGAGGGCUCUCGCUCUCUCUUUCUCUUUUCUUUACGUUUCUCUCUCUGAAACAUAAACACGAACAAAACAAAACGAAAACAAAAAUCAAACAAAUACAAUCUCACAAAUCCUUCUUUAAUUGGGGGAGAUCUUGUCCUUCUACAAUACCCUUUUUGUAGCGGACAAGGUAAUCUCACUUUCUAAUUUUUCCAACUCUUUUUUCUCACUUAAGUUCCCUUCUAAUUGCUUCGCCCGUCUUAACCUUUCAAAUCCGACCUUUUUUAGUUUUUUAACCUAUUGAUUUAUGCCCAUUUACUCUUAGAUGAUGAAAAAAGGGUUUCAUUUCAUCAAAGUGAGGGACUUCUUCCAUUUGGGUCAAUUUGGGAGUGAUUAGGGUUUGGGCGUUGUGGAGACUGAGUGUGGGAUCAGAUAGAAUGGGGAUGAGUUGGGAUCUUUUGAGAACUUGGAGUUCUGGAUUUGACUGUUGUGUGAUUGAGUUUUUGAGCUCUGAAAAUGCCUAGAAUCAUGGUGAUCGAACAGUGUUGGUUUGGUCAUGGAAGAAGAUUGCAUAUAUAGUAUUGUUUUGUAGACAGCAAUCAAUUGGGAGAGUUUUAGCUGUUGUUUCAAUGAAAGGGUGGAUUUUGAUAAUAUUUUGUGUGGUGAUCUCCAUUAGUGAAUGAAUUUGGUGUUAUUUUUUUAUUAUAGCGAGGAGGUGAUGGUUCUUUAUUCUCCCAGAAGGCAAUAUAGAAGAUUAGACUGUGGUGGACUCUUUUUAUUUCUCAAGAAACCAUUUGGAUUGACAUAGUUGGAGCUAAUUUGAAGACCAAAGAGCAUAUUUUGAGCUAUUGUUAUCGUUAUAGCUGUGUGUUCUUGAGCUAGUGUAGUUGUUAUUAGGCUUGGAUAAGUAGCUGCAGCAGUUGGCAUUUACUUCUUGAAUUAUUUAUCUGUGAAAUUGACAUGAUUUGUCUAUAAGUUUGAAGUGGAGGUGGCUAAAGGUUGGUCAGAUUUGAUAUCCAAAGUUGUUGGAGUGACUUGGAAGCUCAUGGAGGAAUAUUGAAGCUGGAAAUGAAUGCGGGGACAUGGUGUAUGGACAGGAGCAUAGUUACUGGUCCGUUCCUUCGGAACUUUGCUAUUGGAAAAUAAUUCAGGCAAUUUUGUUUGUGGAAGGCGGUUGUGUUCUAUAUUCUGGGAUUUUGUGCAAUGUCGCGUUGCUUUCCGUUCCCACCACCAGGAUAUGAAAAGAAGGCUAGGAAUGACGAUCUAGACUUACUAAAAAAGGAGAAACAGAGAGAGAAGAAGCAUAAAAAGGACAAGGAUAAAGAGAAGAGAGAGAGCAAAGAAAAAAAGGAGAAAGAUAGAAGUGAUGAAAAGCACAGAGAAAAGAAAGACAAAACGGAAAAACACAGAGAGAAAAAAGAGGACAGGGAUAAAGAUAAAGAUAAAUUUAGCAACUUGGUUGAGAAGAGACUUCAAGGGAAAUCAGAGGGUCAUGAUGGAGGGAAAACCUCCAAUGAGAAAAAAUUGCCUCCAAAAUCUGAGGGUAACAAUGGAGAGAAAUUCAUUCAGAAGGACAAGGAAACGAACAGAUAUCCAAGCAGCAUCUCCAGUGAGAAGAAAGUUACUGGGCAAUUUUCAGGUUAUAGUGGAGAGAAGCUCAAUCAGAACAGCAAUUUGGCUGGGGAUUCAAAGGAUUCUAAAUAUAUACUGGAGCUGGGAAGGAGGGUCAGAGAUGAAGACAGAGCAACUGGGAAUCAGUUGGUUGAGAAGUUUACUGGGACAGACCGAAAGAGGGAUGAGGGAGUUGUUAGAUUGGUGGCUAACGCUACUCCUAGCUUGGGUGUUAGGAAGGAAAGGAUGGAUAAGAGAGGUGGUAAUGAAAGAAAGAUGGAUGAGCAAGGUGUCAGAGAUGAUGCAAUUCUUAGUGGACAUACCAUGGUUCAGAGUCUUUCUGGAGUGGUUCAAACAAAACCUAAAGGUGUGUCCAGACCACUGGAGAGAGAGAUUGAGAGCAAGACUGAGGGUAAAGAAAUGGCCAAACAAAAGGAACAAGAUGACAAGUGGAGGGAUAAACAUAGGGAGAAAAAAAGCCAAGAGAAGGAUAAAGACAGGGAUAAAGAGAAGAAAAAAGAGGAGAAAGUGGAGAUGAAAAGUGAACAUAAGAACAUAGGGAAAGAUAUUUUAAAAGACAAGAAGAAAGAUGACCUUCUAGGUACACAUAUAAGGACUCUGCCUCUUCCCAAUGAUGGUAACAAGAACACUAUUGGUGAGGCAAAUAUUAGGAAAAGAAAGGACUGUGACACGAAUGGACUUUAUCAUGCUAAUGACAGCAGACCUAAUAAGUUGCCAAGACCCACUUCUUCUCUCCAUUCAUCGACGGAGACCAAUAAGUUGACAAGGCCCAUUUCAUCUCCUCAUCCAUUGACGAGGAAUGGAAAAAUUUUGCAACCUGGCCAAACUUCUGCAUUGUUUACCUCAGAUAGGCAAGGAUCAGCCAAUAAUUGUAAGACAGAUAAUAAAGAACACAAGGUAAAUGGUACAAUUUCAUCUCGGCCUUUGUCUGUCUCAACAGCGAAGUCUUUAUUUAUGACUGAACAAGCUGAUCAAAUCGCUGAGGUAUCCCUGAAGCCACCUCAUCCAGAUACCAAAUAUCUAAACCAGAUACUAUCGGUUCCCAAGAGGGAAGAGUUCUCCAAGGACCAUGACCUAGAGUGGCUCAUCCAUUGCAGCGAUUUCCAAUCACAGAAGCCCAAGGUGAUAUGCCCUGGAGAUGAUGAGACACCAGAGGUUUGGGCAGAAGCGAUGAGGAUAGAGUCAGCUGAUGUUUGUGCCCUACCAUAUGUUAUUCCCUUUUGAUUGGUUUUACAUAUGGGCAUGAUCCAUCCUGUUCCCGUAAGGAUAUGGGUAACCCUCCACAGGAUUACAUCCAGGGUCUGCAGCAGCAUCUGGUCUUUCAGGUGGAAUUGUUAUAUAUUUUUUGCUGCAUUAGUCAAUGCCGUGUCUUUGAAAUGAUACAUCACACGCUGUUGUGUGCACUAGGGCAUCUUUGCAGAACAUGGAUUUGAGGGGUAAUUUCAGUUGCUGUUUGUGGAGCACUAGUGCAUCUUUGCAGGACAUGGAUUGGAGGUGUGAUUUUAGUUGCUGUUUGGCGAGCACUGAUUCAUUCAAAAAUUCCAUGAGGGCAACUGAGUGAGGUUGCUGGAGAAGCGAAAUGUAAAAGCUUGUGCAAUUUUAUUUCAUUUGCUUAAAGCUGAGAAGCUCUUUUCUAAUUGAGAAUCUAAGAGAAACUAAGCUAGCAGUGGUGUAUGCUACACCAGUGAAAUUUUGAUUUGUAACAUACAACUGGUAUUUACAGAAACCGUAUGAUAAGAGAGCAAGGUAAAGUAGCUGCAUUCAUUCA